GUGGUUUACUACAUGAAAGAAGAUUUGCUGCUGAGCCCGGCGACGUCGGCUCUCGUAUGGGGUAUUAGUCGAAUUCCCUGGAUAUUGAAACCGAUAUUAGCGUUCACAUCCGAUUCUAUUCCGAUCCUGGGGUACCGUCGCAAGCCAUAUCUCAUCGGCUCGGCAGCUGUCCACGUUU